AUGCCUUCGGCCAAUACAGCUUCAGCAUCGCCCUUCUUGCUCAGAAAGGACGACGUGGAGUGUCUCGCUCACUCGGAAGGCUUCAGCAUUCUCAGAGAGCACCUUGCUGAGCACUACAACUUCGACCUCUGCGACGAGCACACACCCGCCUAUCUCGAAGACCGUUCACGAUGGCUUAUGAUUCGCGAUGUUCUUCAUGCUCUGUUAGUGCCGGUCGUGGAGCUCUUCGACAAAGCUCUCAGCCUGGCGGCUUUGGCAACUAACGCCACCAAGUCGGAGGACCUCGAGUAUGCAUUCACAGGGCAAGCCCGCAGCGCAUUCCUAUGGCUCCAAUGUUUCCUGUCCAGCGAGAAGGAACGGGAAUGGUGUUACACCCGAGGCUGCCCUGCGUGCGUCAUCGAUCACUCGCUUGACUCCGAGUUCUGUGUCAGAUUACUCUACACUGCGUGCUUGCUCAGUGAUGUGCACUACCCUUUCACGAUCGACGGCCCUACGCUACCUUCCUUCAUGUUCUUCCUGGAUUCACUCGAGCGAGCGUUGGCACGGGAUGCACUCUACGGCCCGGACUUCUUCGAGAUGACCCAGCCAAAGGCCGUGGCGACGCGCAACGGCAUCGAAGAGCUAAUCCACCAAUGCAUCGAACUCGACGUCGUGAUCAGCCAGGCUUCCUCACCCUCCGACCCGAGCUCACCACAGUCGUCCGUACCCGGUAGCCCUAGUCUGGCACCAUUAGGAGCGACUCCAUCAUCGGGCUUGAAGGUCAAGCGUAGUAAGAUUGCGCGAAGACAACUGAAGCUGCAGGUGGAGGAGGAGCAGUGGAUGGACGAGAUGCUGAAGCGUUGCUGGGAUCAGUUGCAGCCCGCUCAGCAGGGCCAGGUUUCGACGCCUACUCAGAGUCUGGAUGCUGUGCUGAAGGAAGGUCCGACUGUGUCUGUGACUGAGCUGCGGCCGAGCGGAUGA